CUUCCUACUAGAGAGGGCAAUACUAGACCGUCAACACCAAACACAAAGUCAGAAAGGAACCUAUGCCAUUAAGAUGCAGCAUGGGUAUAAUAGUUGCACACAUUCAUUCGUUAUAAGAUUCAUGCCUUCCUCCAAAUUGUUUUCAUUUUCUAAUCAUUUCAAUUUCAACAGCGCCAUUAUCCCCUCUUUCUCUAAAACCCCCAAAUUUUCAUCUUUCAUUUCCGCCACCAUGUCCACCACUGUCUCCACUCCCAACGAUACUAAAACCCAUCAUUUGCAGGUUGCAAAGCGGUUGGAGAAGUUUAAAACAACAAUCUUCACUCAAAUGAGUAUGCUUGCCAUCAAACAUGGAGCCAUAAACCUUGGUCAGGGUUUUCCUAACUUUGAUGGUCCAGAGUUUGUUAAGGAAGCAGCACUUCAAGCAAUCAGGGAUGGGAAUAAUCAAUAUGCCAGGGGUUAUGGAGUUCCAGACCUUAACAUUGCCAUUGCUGAAAGAUUCAAGAAAGAUACUGGACUAGUGGUAGACCCUGAAAAGGAAGUUACAGUUACAUCUGGCUGCACAGAAGCAAUUGCUGCAACUAUGUUAGGGUUGAUAAAUCCCGGUGACGAGGUUAUCUUGUUUGCUCCUUUUUAUGAUUCUUAUGAAGCCACUUUAUCCAUGGCUGGUGCAAAUGUAAAAGGAAUCACUCUGCGCCCCCCAGAUUUCGCUCUACCGAUUGAAGAGUUGAAGUCCACCAUCUCAAAGAAUACUCGUGCCAUUCUUUUAAAUACUCCUCACAAUCCUACUGGAAAGAUGUUCACUCGAGAGGAGCUCAAUACCAUUGCAUCUCUUUGCAUUGAGAAUGAUGUUCUGGUUUUCAGUGAUGAAGUUUAUGAUAAGUUGGCAUUUGAUAUGGAACACAUUUCGAUUGCUUCUUUGCCUGGAAUGUUCGAGCGGACGGUGACAAUGAACUCGUUGGGGAAGACAUUCUCCUUGACUGGAUGGAAAAUUGGUUGGGCCAUAUCACCUCCACACUUAACAUGGGGAGUGCGACAGGCACAUGCUUUCCUCACUUUUGCAACCUCAAAUCCUAUGCAGUGGGCUGCUGCAGUAGCUCUAAGAGCACCAGAUUCUUAUUACAUUGAACUGAAGAGGGAUUAUAUGGAAAAGAGAGCUAUUUUGGUUGAAGGGUUGAAGGCCGUUGGCUUCAAGGUAUUCCCAUCUAGUGGAACCUACUUUGUGGUUGUUGAUCACACCCCUUUUGGACUUGAAAAUGAUGUUGCAUUUUGUGAAUAUCUAGUUAAGGAGGUUGGAGUGGUGGCCAUUCCUACCAGUGUGUUUUACUUGAAUCCAGAAGAGGGAAAGAAUCUAGUCCGGUUCACUUUCUGCAAGGAUGAAGGAACUCUAAGAGCUGCUGUUGAGAGGAUGAAGGAGAAGCUUAGAAAAUGAUCUCCAUUCAUGAUUAAGUUAUGUGUUAUAUGUUGAUUUGAAGAUAUUUAUCAUUCUAGAAUCUCAGAUGUAGGUAGGCUUGUAAUAACUUGUGGUUGAUUAGCUCAACAGUCUGAGUCAUUAGUGAUAAUUUAUCCCCCAAGAUUGUGUUUUCCCCUCUGAAUCUCAACGUUAUGAUGGGUGUGUAGUGUGGUCAAUGAAUAAUUGUUUGAAAUCAUCAGAAAAUUUCCCUGAAUCUCAACACGUGAUGAUUGGUUUGUAUGA